GGAUGUAAUCGCGCCGAAUCGUCGGCACGGGUCACAACAUAUCCUGGGAACAUCUCACCAACGGACGGAAAUGGCUCCUACGAACAGAACUUCGCUCCGGAAUGCUUCCAAAGCUUUCAGAACAAUUAUCGCCUCGCCGGCGAGCUUCAUUCGAAAGAGACUGCGUCGCGAUGUUCCGAAGCGUAACUUGAAGCUCGCGCUCAGCCCCCUAUCGAACGCCGUGUGCUCACACAAACCAGUGGGCAUCGGAAAGUUCGCGGAGGACGAAGCCGCUCGAGCUCUUUGCGACCUUUUCACCGAAGAUGCAAGCUCUUACGCCGAUUGGGCCGGAAUGUUCCUGGACGAAUUAGGCGAUCGACUAGCGGCGAUGUCCCGAAUGUGGGAGCCCGCGCUGGAAGUCAUGAAAGCGGGAACGGGGUUCUCUCGGAGCGAUCAUAACACCUUGAGGAAGUUUCAUUUCCAAACAUUAGCGAAUCUCUCUGAAAUGGCGGAGUCAGUGACACGAAGCAAUUGGUCGAAACCGAGAGUCAAGCUCUCGUGUCGAUAUCAUCAAGACCUAGAUGAAAUCUAUUUCCAAAUUUGUCAUUGCCACGAAGACAUCCGGAGACUGGUGGGAUUCAUCGGCAGCUACAUCGAGAAAUGUGAAACACCCACGGUGCUGUACGGAGUCAAAUGCCGCCUCGAUGUAAGAAUAAAACUUCGAGACGUCGACAUCGAAUUCGAUCGGGCCAUCGAUGCGCUCCAACAAACACGACGACGAUUCGAGGAUCAGCUCGAGCAGCUUUUCGAGGAUUUGCGGAAAACCUCAAGCGCCAUUUCAGAAUAUCUCGCUGCGGUCAGAGAGUCCGCGAAGGCAGUCCGCGGCAACUUAGCUUAGAUCACGUGUAUAUAUUGUACUCAAGUGGUUUGUGGAAUCUAGGAUCUCAAACUCGGUCGGGGGAGAAACUCGAUACAAUAUCUUGUGGAGGAUUCUGUAGGGCUCGUUCUAGUCGAUUGGAUCUCAUCCUGGAAGAUAGCAUGAAUACUAGUCAGCAAUAUUUCGUAACAAUUACCAUAAAUUUUACAUUGCAUAAAAAC